UCCUGCGGCCCGGCCGGCCGCCCGCGCCGCUGCGAGCCGUCCAUGGUGCAGCGCAUGUGGGCCGAGGCAGCCGGGCCUGCGGGCGGCGCCGAGCCGCUGUUUCCGGGCUCCCGGCGGAGCCGCAGCGUGUGGGACGCGGUGCGCCUGGAGGUGGGCGGCCCCGACAGCUGCUCGGUGGUGCUGCACAGCUUCACGCAGCUCGACCCUGACCUGCCGCGCCUGGAGAGCCCCACGCAGGAGAUUGGCGAGGAGCUGGUCGGCGGGGUCAUCUACUCUGUCUCCCUGCGCAAGGUGCAGGCGCACCACGGCGCCAGCAAGGGCCAGCGCCGGCUCGGGUGUGAAAAUGAGUCGGCCCUGAACCUGUAUGAGACGUGCAAGGUGCGGACCGUGAAGGCGGGCACGCUGGAGAAGCUGGUGGAACACCUGGUGCCUGCCUUCCAGGGCAGCGACCUCUCCUAUGUCACCAUCUUCCUGUGCACCUACCGAGCCUUCACCACCACGCAGCAAGUCCUGGACCUGCUCUUCAAAAGGUGA